CGAGAUGCUUAGAGUUCAAGCCGCAUUGUCACUAGUUUACUUCCGGAGGUCUGACGGAAAUAUUAAGCAGGCCAUCCGCUCUAAAUUAUCAAUCACAUCCUCAAAGAAACUUCCAAUAAACACACUGCUUUCAAUAUUUUGAAAUAUUUUUCGCGUUUUCCGUUAAAAAUAAUCGGAGAUUGUUACGUAAUCGACCGGAAGUAAACUGGUGACAAUGCGGCUUUAACAGUUAGAAAAUACAAAAAAAAAAAACAAGCGUUUCCGGUCACGAAUAUAAAAUCUCACAGACACGCACCCUGUCUGUUUACACGAGAUUUGAGAUAAUAUGAUGACGGUAUAAACCUUUCAGAUAUAAACUUUUUUGCUUUUUUAAAUAUUUUUUUCGUUCUAAGGAAGACUGUAUGUCGAUGUCUGCUUUGAGUAAAAAAAUAAUGAUAAUUUAUGUUAUGUUACUCAGGUUACGUUUCAUCUGCUCUGUAAUUUGCUCUUCUUGUAAGCAGAAUAUAAUUUAUGCUCGACACCUUACUAUUUGCACCAUUUUACCCAGAAAUACACUUCUUCGAUAACAUGGUAUCAUUAUUCCUGUGAAAAGAACCACAACCUUUUGAAUCGUAACCAAACUAACAGAAACGGAAAUUAUUAACUAUUCUAACUAUAUUUGAAGAGCUUAAAGAAAAAAAAGGUAAUUUCACUGCUCGUUGCUUGGGAUAAUCCCGUGUAUUUACUCUGUGUAAGCCUUGUUGAAAGACCCCCAAACAGUUUGUCACCUGUGAUAAUGAGGUGCCGUUGCGAGGACCUGUCGACCUCUGGGAUGCGUUUGUUAUGUUAAUGACACCUUGUUCGCUCGUGCGUGGCGUUCGAGAACAGUAGAUAAACUUUGGGCCUUUCUACUGUUGUCAAAAUGACUGAAACAUCGCGGAAUAGAACUACAGCAAUGGCAGUCCAACUAGAUGAACUACUUUGCCCGAUAUGUUUGGAUGAGUUUAAGGAGCCAAAGACUUUAUCGUGUAUGCACGACUUGUGUCGGAAAUGUUUGGAAGACAUGGCCGCUAGGGAGUCAAGUAGAGUGAUUCGAUGCCCGUUAUGUCGCUCAGAGAUCGAUAUACCAAGAGGAGGAGUCAAGAAUUUACCGACAAAUUUACGCCUUAUGAAGCUGGUAGAGAGCUCGCCUUGUAAGCUAGCGAAGGCGGAGAUUCAAUUCGCGUUAGGUGAUUGUCGUGAGAAACUUGCUAAGAUAUCAGAUGUUUCCCGGCGAAUCAGCGAAGCGCUGAACUUCGACGCUAUGCGCAUAAAGACGCAAAUUCACGAGACAGCCGAGAAUAUAGUCGAGCUCGUGCGAAAGCAGGAGAAAUCGCUAUGUAAAGAGGUGGACGAUGUGAUUGGGAUAGAGGAAGAUAGUCAUGCGGCAGCGGUUCUUAUCCGUCGCACCGAGCGAUUACUGCACGAUAUACAAGAGAUCAUAGAGCGAGACGAGCCCAGAGAUAUAGUGACCGAUAAGGACUCCCUGAUAGGUCACCUCAAAGACGCGACUUCAGCUAGUACUAGGCUACGACACCUUUACGAUGGCAUGGAGGUGCAGACAUCCGCGGUGAUGUUUAACCGGAGUAGGGACUUCCUUCAGUGUGUGAGUAGCAGCAUGUUCGGCACCGUUACCCCGAGAAAGAAGCUCAACAACUCCACUUGGCUCCCAGGCUUCAACAAGGACUUGAUAAGAGGACUAGAGAUUCUCAAACCUGGCACGCGCUUCCGUGCGCUUCAGAUCCCUAACCCCUAUGAAAAUAAGUUCCACCCAUUCGCAGUCGCGUGCAGUUCCGGGGGGACCAUCGCGGUGUCAGACCAGGGUGGGCACACGGUCCUAUUGUUCAACGAUAGUGGGGAGUUCCUGCAGAGCUUGGGUAAGUCCAGGGGGGCGGCGGAAGGGGAGCUAGAGUGCCCUUCCGGGGUAGGCUUCCUCGGUAAGCACAUUGUAGCUGUGGCUGACGGGUGCUUGUUUGGGACGCCUUCCCGGCUGCAGGCGUUCGACAGCUCGGGACGGUUCGUACGCUGCCUUGUCAAGCUCCAUAACAUAAGUCACUGGUUCACGCAUAUCGCGAGUAUCGGCGCGCAGCGCGUGAUGGUCACGUGUCGCCACGUGGCUGCCGACUACGAGGCAUACGUACAGGUGUUCAGCACGGACGGGACCGUCUCUCUUGCAUUUGGAGCCUCCGGGGACGGGAAACUCGCAAACCCCGUCAAAGCAGUGUACUUGGAUGAGGAGUACUUCGUAUCGGACUUCGAUAAGCAGACAAACUGUUGCGUGAUUAAGGUGUUUGACUAUCAAGGCCGGUACGUGAGGAGUUUCGGUGAAUGUAUGUUACGUCAGGAUGUUAAGGAUAAUCCCACAUACCCACUCAUCAUUGCCGCUGACACGCAGAGAAAGGUGAUCCUCGCAUACAGCGGGCUCUUGAGCGUCAUCCGCUGCUAUAAGCCUGACGGCAGCCUCCUCUGUUACUAUAGCACGAUAUCUGGGAUUACAGACCUUGCUUUGACCAAUGACAGGAGACUAUUUGUGACAUGUGACGGGAGUGGAGAGUACCCACAUAGUGUGCAAAUACUCUUCCAUAUUUGAUAUCGAGGAUGACAUUUUAUGCUCAAUGACAAGAGCCCCUCUGAGGCUCCUGUUCAGCUUUGUUUUCAUAACUAGAAAGGAUCCCGCGCCGUCUCGUUUGUCUGCUAGGCACACGCUUUUUGAACUUGUCCAUCUUGACUAGGAUCUAAAGGCCAGAUAAGAGUUCCUGUAAAAAACGUCUCACAUUAAAGGGUCUACGUCACAGUU